AUGCUGACCUUGUUUCUUUUGGGGAGCUCGUUGCUUCUGGUGAGUGCGCAGUUCCCCAGAGAAUGCGUCACACCGGAGGGACUGAGGAGCGGUCAGUGCUGUCCCACACCUCCAGGACUGGAGAAUGACCCGUGUGGUGCCAGUGCAGGCCGAGGACAGUGCGUCUCUAUAGCGGCUGAUGCGCGACCACACGGCCCGCAGUAUCCACACGAUGGACGCGACGAUAGAGAGAGAUGGCCCGUGCGCUUUUUCAACAGGACGUGUCAGUGUAACGGGAACUUCAGCGGCUUCAACUGCGGGAGAUGCAGACAUGGAUUCACAGGAGCCAACUGUGACGAGCGGGUGUCUGUUGUAAGAAGAAACGUGAUGCAGCUCAGUGCAGAUGAGAAACGUCGUUUUGUGAGCGCCUUGGACCAGGCAAAACGCACGGUGCACCCGGACUUGGUUAUUGCCACGCGGCGCUACGAGGAGGUUUUUGGGCCCGAUGGAAACACCACGCAGUUUGAGAAUAUCACAAUAUACAACUACUUUGUGUGGACCCACUACUACUCAGUCAGCAAAACGUUUCUGGGCGCGGGACAGGCCAGUUUUGGAGGAGUGGACUUUUCCCACGAGGGACCUGGGUUUCUGACGUGGCAUAGGUUCCACCUUCUUCAGUUGGAGCGGGAUAUGCAGGACAUGCUGCAGGACCCCUCCUUUGCCCUGCCCUACUGGAACUUCGCCAUCGGGGGCAACACAUGUGACAUUUGCUCUGAUGACCUGAUGGGGGCCCGCAGCAGUUUUGAUGCGAACGCUCUGAGCACAAACUCUGUGUUUUCUUCUUGGAGGGUGAUUUGUGAGAGCGUGGAGGACUAUGACACUCUGGGAACCAUCUGUAACAGCACAGAGUCGUCUCCGAUCAGGAGGAACCCAGCGGGGAAUGUGAACCGUCCCAUGGUGCAGCGCCUCCCAGAGCCCCAGGAUGUGGAGGCAUGUCUCCAGGUCAACACUUUCGACACGCCCCCGUACUACUCCACUUCUGAUGAGAGCUUCAGGAACUCUAUUGAAGGCUACAGCGCCCCCCAAGGCAACUACGACCCUGUGGUAAGGAGCCUUCACAACCUGGCUCAUCUGUUCUUGAAUGGGACAGGGGGGCAGACCCACCUCUCGCCCAAUGACCCCAUCUUUGUCCUGCUGCACACCUUCACAGACGCCAUCUUUGACGAGUGGUUGAGGAGACACAGUCCAGAUUCCACUGUGUAUCCAGAGGAGAAUGCGCCCAUUGGCCACAACAGAGGCUACAACAUGGUGCCCUUCUGGCCUCCUGUGACCAAUGCAGAGAUGUUUGUCACUGCUCCUGAGAAUCUGGGCUACAGUUAUGAAGCUGAAUGGCCAGCUCAACCGUUUACAAUGACUGAAAUCAUCACCAUGACCAUUGUCGCCGCCCUGGUGCUGGUUGCUGUCGUCUUCGCUGCCAGUACAUGUGCUGUCCGUGCCAGGUCCAAGAGGGAAGGCCACCAGCCUCUGCUUGGAGAUCAGUACCAGAGAUAUGACGAUGACAAAAGCCAAUCUGUUGUUUAA